UUUCUCAUACUUCAUCUCUGACCAAAGUUCAUUCCUUUAAUCUGUUCCCUUAUUGGGAAAAAAUGAAUAGAAUUCCAGGAAAUGAUAUUGAAGAGUAACAGAAAGCCAUAGAAACCAAAGUGCCAUUCAAAAGAUUCAUUUUUUAUUUUUUAUUUUUAUUUUUUAUUUUGGGGUUUUGCUGCGAAUGCCCGCAUUUGAAUAAAUCCCUAAAAGGGGAUGAUUUUCCAUGAUUAAUAGCCCUUUUUAUUUGAAUCAUUCUAAUUUGUUGUGAAUCUUUGAAUAUGCUGAGGUUGUGGAAAUGGUACCAACAUUGCUUGGCUGUUCACCCUGUUAAGACACAGGUUAUCAGCUCUGGCUUGAUUUGGGGUGCUGGUGACAUUGCUGCUCAGAAAGUUACCCACUACACAGCCAAGACCCAUACUAGAAAACAGGUAUUGUUUCCCUUGAAAAGAUUUCUUUUUGGAAAAUGGGAUGACGAUAAAGAAACCAAGAUCAACUGGAAACGGGUGUGUGCGACCAGCUUGUUUGGGUUUGGAUUUGUUGGCCCUGUCGGCCACUACUGGUAUGAAGGUUUGGAUCGGUUUAUAAGAUUGAAACUUAUGCUUAAACCCAAUUCCUUCCGCUUUGUUGCUGCAAAAGUUGGCGCUGAUGGGUUUCUCUUUGGGCCAUUGGAUUUACUCGUGUUUUUUACUUACAUGGGUUUUUCUAGUGGAAAGAGUGUUCCUCAAAUAAAAGAAGAUGUGAAGAGAGAUUUUCUCCCAGCCUUGAUUUUAGAAGGGGGCAUAUGGCCAAUUGUUCAGGUUGCGAAUUUUCGGUAUAUACCUGUAAGGUAUCAGCUCCUUUAUGUCAACUUCUUCUGCUUGUUGGAUAGCUGUUUCUUGUCUUGGGUUGAGCAACAACAGGAUGCUCCAUGGAAAGAAUGGUUGAAAUCGUUUUUACCUUUGAAGUAACACAGUAGCAGUUGCCAAUUAUGGUGGAAGUUCAUGUCAGAAAACAAGUGACUAGUUUAAGAAGCAUAUGAACGUCCUCUGGACUUUCAGAAUUGGAAUUCUGGAAGUGAUGAAAUUGCUUUCACGUGCUAUGAUUAAUGAUUUUCAUCUUGAAUACAUAGUGGCAACUUUUCCCGUUGAAUAAAUGAAGGCUGUUUGCUCAUUACUUUCUACCCUUUUGUCUAUACCCUAAUUUUACCAAUAUCUUCAAUGUAUUUUCCACAUGCUAUGAUUAAUGUUUGCUCUCUAGGAUGCCUCUUAAUGGGAAAAAAAAUAUUCAAACCCAAUGUUAGGGGGUA